ACCGUAUACUUUUCUUUUAGUAUAGAUGGUGUUUAUGUACCUCAUGAUAUGCUGCAAAACCUAAUUAAUCACGAAUUUCUAAUUUUAUAUACUCUUGUCUCCGAUUGUACCUCCCAAACAUCCUUAAGUGUUUUUUGUUACGUUUUUGGUAGAGCAGCACAUUGCACAUAAAUUAUUUAGUACAUAGUUUUCUGAUACUAUAUAUUGUCAUUUCGAAAAUCGACUUAUUCUUAAAGUGGCUAAAGAAUAAUUAUGCUUUAUACCGAGCCCUAACCCACGCUGUUUAUUUUACUAUAGGAGGAAAGCAUGGACAUAAUGGGACAAUACAAGCCUGAAAUUUUCUGCUAAAGGUGCCGAAAACCAAAUUUGGCGUAGUUCGUAGGGAUCCUUGUGCAAAAUGCGGUUUACCAGUAUUCAUAGCAGAAAGACUCAGUGUUGGGAAACUUCUGUUUCAUCGCACAUGUUUUCGUUGUGCCCGUUGCAACAGCCAAUUGACUUUAGCCAACUAUUAUGAGACUGAAUCUGACCAGUUUUGUUGUGAGACUUGUCCCGAUGAAGAAGUUGAAGAACCAAAGAAUACCGAUCCGGAAGUAGUCGAUCAAAAACCGGAUGUUUUAACUCGUUCUUUAAGUGAUGAAGAAAAGUCGGCAAAUUUAAAAAAACAAGAUGAACACGAUGCACCUAAUAUCCGUGUUGAAAACGCUCCAGAAUGCAAUUCCAAUUCUGGUAGUGAACAAAAUUUGCAGUUCUCAAAAGCAAUGUCAUUUUUUAUGAACAGUCAAAUAGAAAGCGAAAAUAAUCAAAGUAUGGAAGAAGAGAAGUUCCCCGAUUUACCAAAAAGUCAACCUCCUGAUAUUUUAACAACGUACGACAUCGGUACAAGUCAUAAAAUAAGUGAAAACAUGUCUAACUUUCCUAGUGAGCAGACUCUUAUAAAUAGUGCUUCACAACAAUUGGAGUCUUAUGACAGUGGUUUCCCACACGCGUCCAUAGAUUUAACUGUAAAUAAUAGUAGGAAUAUAGUUUAUAAUGAUGAUGAAAAGGACCAGCAGAAAGCUGCCGAAAUUCAGCUGGAUACCGACAAAGUUACUGUUACCAAAGAAAACGAACCGAAUACUUCACUUGUUAAAGCUCGAAUGCAAUUAUUUGAAUCUAAUACUUCACUUACUGGGUCCAAUAGCACAGAAAAACUAAAAAAGCUCUCUGCAAAAUCUCCAGAAAAAACUGUUCCAAACGGUUUUAAUAAAGAGAAACCUAUUGAGUCACAACCCGACCAGAAAUUAGAAAUGACAAGCACAAUAACUGAAGAAACACAAAAAGUUGCAUCACCUUUAGAUAUAAGAAAAAGUAAUAAUUUAGGAUCUGAUAAUGAAGAUAGCGGUAAUUUAGCGGUAGAAGAUAACGAGAAAAAUCAUUCCACAAUAUUCUCAGAUGAUCUUUCUCUAAGCAAUGCGUCUAAUAUUGAUGACAAUAAUAGUAUUAUCAACGCAGAUUACUUUAACGUUAAAGAUGUAAUUAAUACUGAAGAUGCUUCUGUUAGUAUCGAGACUUCAACUGAUUUGAAGGGGCCAAACGAUUCAUCGGUUAUUACGCUUAGUAGCAAAGAUGAUUCAGUAAUAGUUAUAUCUGAUUGUAUUGAUAGCUCUAGUAUAAGAAAAGAACCUGAAGAUUAUCCAAAAGAUCUCAAUCCGUUUGGAAGUGAUGAUGAGAAUGAUGCUUUGAAUCCUUUCAACACCGACAAUGAUGAUGAUGAUGAUGGCAAUGAAUUUGUUCACAAAAGCAAGAUAAAAGAAGAAAUAUCACCACCUAAACCACUUGUUCGAAAAAAAAUAAUUCCACCGGAAGUUUUUCACAAACAGAGAAUCUCUAACGUUCCAGAGCAACUGUCUGGCAUUUAUGUAAAACGCAUCAGCGAAAAUCCGUUCGAGGAUAAUGGAAAUGAUGACGAAAAUACAGAAGAAGUUGCUGAAAAAACCAUAAACACUCUUAAAAUUGUCCAUGAAGCAGAAGACUCGAAAGGGUCAGCACCUAAAAUAAAUCUUAAUCCAUUUUUGAGUGACGAGGAAGAAUCUGAAGAUGAUGCAGAUGUUCAGAAACCAGUUCCAAAACCUAGGUGUAUGAAGACAUCGUCAAGAAAUUUACAACCGACACUUUCAUCUCUUGAUGUUAAUGGAGAAAGUUUAGAUUUGUAUGGUUCUAUGUCCAGUAUUGCGUCUAGCUUCGUCACCAUGAGGAAGAAAAAGAUCGCACCACCACCACCAGGCUCUUUCAACGACUCCGAUCAUAGUUCCAUUACUUCAAGUCCUACCCCAAGUGCGCCCCACUCUCCUCGAAUGACGCCCCGCUCUCGAAAAACCAAGAAAGCACCACUUCCCCCAACGGCAUCAUCCUCAACACCUUUCAGUCAUAGUAAAGUUUCAGAGUAUUUUGAAUCUAACGUUUCUCCAUUAUCUGAAAAAGAUUAUCACCUUCCUCCUCCAGAAAUACGUAUAGGUGAUUAUGAGACUGAAAAGACAAAUAAAGACAAGGAAAAUAGAAACCGACAAAGUCAAAUAUACGAUACUUCCACAAACACGCCAACCAUUACGGACAAAAGUACCCAUGGGAAAUGGAAAAGGCGAAAAGGUCCAGCACCUGCUCGCCCUAUACCUCAACGAAGGCAAAUUAAGCCUUUACCUGUAGCAGAAAUUAGAAGGGAGCUGGAUUUCAUCGAAAUUCAACAGCAAGGACUUGAAAGACAAGGGGUGCGAUUGGAACAGAUCAUUCGAGAAAAAUGUGAAGGGCCAAACAGUGAUCCCGAAGGUAGCAUGUCUCCUGAAGUGGAGGAGUUGAUUUUGCAAUUGUUUGAAUUGGUCAACGAGAAAAACGAGUUGUUUAGAAAGCAAGCUGAAUUAAUGUAUUUACGAAGACAACAAAGACUAGAAGAAGAAUAUGCAGAUCUGGAGUACCAGAUACGAUGCUUAAUGUUGAAACCAGAAAUGAAUCAGACAGACAGUGAUAAAGCAAAGAAGGAGGAAGAACUUAUCAACAGGUUGUUAGAAGUAGUAGAAAGACGAAAUGAAAUAGUUGAAUGUUUAGAAAUGGAUCGAAUAAGAGAAGCCGAGGAAGAUACAAGCAUAACAAAUCAAAUGACUCUGUAUACCAGCAAAGUAAAAGACGAAGUUGUACCGUUAAAUGUAGAAGACAAUAAAAAGCAGUGGAAACAAAAAAUUAAGAAAAAACUGAAGCUAAGCAAGUCUCCUAAAGUUGACGCUGAUAAAGAUAUUGAUGAGUCAGAAUUGAGUUCGAAUUCUUUACCAUCAUCAAAAAAAGAGAAGAAGAAAAAAUUUAAUUUGUUUUAAAAAGUAAUGUACUGUUUUUAUUAUUAUAUGAACUCAGCCAUAUCAUUGUUAAUAUAUAAUAUCAUCUGUGUGA